UGAGCACGAUAUCAUGCAGGCUGUACUCCAAUACUGGCGCACCUGCAACUGUAUUUGUUGCCAUAAAACCUAGCUGAUUUCCGCAUCCUUCAUGGUUACUUUUGUCUCUCUGGAAGUUCACGGGUGUCAGCUCCGUCUAUACAAUACCAUAUUGUCUUCAUCCGAGCUCAGACUUGAUCCCAUACCGUUUUAAGAUGUCUUCCUCCAGCUUCUGGAGCUCAAUUCGAGCCCGUCUCCAGCGACUUCGACGGAAGAAGCUGAGCGAGGUUGAAAAGCGGCACGUUCCUGCCUCGGCCGACUCUGGCAAGGUCAUCGACGACAAUGUGCCACCUCCAGAAGCACAGAAGCACACCUUGACACUCGACGAACGACUACCUGUCUGGACCAUCGAAAACACGAAACUGCACGAAUUUCAUCCGCAAGGGCUUGAAGUCGACGACGACGACGAUGCUAGCGUGCCGUACAACAGCGAAAAUCCUUACGUUACCAACCCUGUGGAGGCCCUUCAGGUUGCGCAGACCGAACGAUCGUGGCACAACUACAAGCCUGGCGCAAAAUACUAUGUUCCCAAUGACAAAACCGAGAUGGGACGGCUGGACCGGCAGCACAUCAUCUGGACCUCCGUGCUGGACGGCGACCUCGUCAAAGCGCCCAUCGAGAACGCAAAGACUGUCCUCGACCUUGGCACUGGCUCAGGCGUGUGGGCUACCGAUUAUGCGAGACGGCAUCCCGAAUCCGAAGUCCUUGGUAUCGACCUGAGCAAGCCUACACCGUCCGAGACCCCGCCGAACUGCAAGUUUGAGGAAGUCGACUUUACCGAUCCGUGGACAUACACCCAGAAGUUCGACCUGAUCCACGGCCGCCUUAUCUUCCUGGGCCAGUCGGACCCCAAGCUGUCCCUGCAACGAGCCUUUGACCAGCUCGCGCCGGGCGGGUACCUGGAGCACCAGGAGCUGUAUGGCGUGCCGCUCGACAUGGACGGCAGCAUGCGCGGCCGGCACAUGGAGUCGUUCUUCUUCGACACCGUCGUCGCCUCGCGCAAGCUCGGCAACGACAUGAUGGCCAUGCCGCAGUACGCCGGCUGGAUGCGCGAGAUUGGCUUCGAGGACGUGACCGAGCUGCACUACGGCCUGCCCCUGAACCCGUCCUGGCCCAAGGGCGACAAGUACAAGUCCAUCGGCGCCAUGCAGCAAGCCAACCUCGAGCUUGCCAUUGGCGGCCUGUACACGCGCAUGCUCACCAUGGGCCUCGGCUGGACCCCCGAGCAAGCUGCCGAGGGUAUCGCCAAGGCCAUCGAGGAUUUUAAGAGUCCGGAUGUCCAUGCUUACUGGCCCAUCUUCGUUGUCUACGGCCGGAAACCACUCUCCACGGCAGCAACGUGAGCAAUAUCUCAAGGUCCGAACCGAUGUUACUCUGCAAUUCGAGAAGUGCAUAGCCAGGACGUACCAUACAUCUCAGAUACGGCUAUGAUAACACACUCGAGUUGCCCUGAUGCCCCGUUGCCAUGGCAAUCCUCCGGGGA